CUUACUUCCUACUUUCAGUUUUAUUUUGGCUGCUGUGUGUUAAUUUCUUCUGAAACAGGACAGUCCUGCACUGCACACCUCUCAUGGGUUCUUUACUUGCUACAGUUGUGCAGUCCUCCUGUGCCAACAUGGAUGAAGAAAGACCUCUACUGGACACAAGAAAGUCAUCACCAGAGACCACGUUCAACAAAUCCAAACUGUUACUGGCUGUUUUUGCGGCCGUCUUGGGGAACUUCAAUUUUGGUUAUUCCCUGGUCUAUCCGUCCCCUGUCCUGCCAGUGCUCCAGGGUCCCGAUGCGGACCCCCGGCUGAGAAUGGACACCUCCCAGGCUGCAUUGUUUGGCUCAAUCUACAUGCUGGGCAUGGCCGGAGGCGGGCUGGGGGCCAUGUUGCUUAACGACCUAAUUGGCAGAAAGUUAAGCAUAAUGGUGUCGGCCGUGCCUUCCGCUAUUGGUUACCUGCUGCUGGGAGGGGCUGUGGAAUUGUGGAUGCUCCACCUGGGCCGUUUCCUCACAGGUGUCGCAGGGGGGAUAACAGCGGCGUCCAUUCCUGUAUACAUCUCAGAGAUCUCCCAUAAAUCACUGAGAGGAGCACUCGGAACCUGCCCUCAGAUUACUGCUGUAUUUGGAGCCCUGGCACUCUACACUUUGGGUCUGGUGUUACCGUGGCGGUGGCUUGCAGUGGCAGGAGGCGUGCCAGCAUUGCUGAUGGUUGUACUGCUAUUCUUCAUGCCACACUCCCCCAGGAGGCUCCUCUCCCUGGGCAGAGAGGGGCAGGCCAAGUACACUCUUCACUGGCUGAGGGGCGCUGACUAUGAUAUACAGAGCGAGCUCGACACCAUCAAGUGCAGCAUCCGUCUGCAGAGCCGUAUCACAUGGUCCCAGCUGGCCAUGCCCAUCUACUACCGGCCAAUUCUCAUCUCUGUGGCGAUGCGUUUCCUGCAACAGCUGACUGGCAUCAGCCCCAUUCUUGUCUACUUGGAGCCCAUCUUUUCUCAGAGUAAUGUCUCACUGGAGCCCAGGUAUGAUGCUGCAAUUGUGGGAUUGGUUCGCCUUGUUUCUGUCAGCUUGGCGGCAGUUUUGAUGGACAAGGCAGGGCGCAAAGCUCUGCUGUACACCUCCAGCUUUUUGAUGUUCCUGUCCAUGCUGACUCUGACCAUGAGUUCCUGCACCACAUCUUACCUACCAGGACCCACCCCUCCAAACUUCACUGCAAAUAUGGAGCCCAACAUCCACUAUGACGUGGUUUUGAUGGCUAGCAACCAAAUAGCUGCAGGCCCCAUUCCACUGAUCAGCGUUGUGGUAUUUAUAUUUGGCUAUGCGUUGGGAUGGGGGCCAAUCACGUGGCUGCUGAUGUCAGAGGUGUUGCCUUUGGCUGUCAGGGGCGUUGCCUCGGGCCUAUGCGUGACUGUGAGCUGGGUGACAGCCUUCGUGCUCACAGACGCCUUCACUCACCUGGUAGACAGCUACGGCCUGUACGUGCUGUACUUUUUUUUCACGGUGGUGUGUGUCGUAUGUCUGCUCUUCACCGCAUUGUGCAUCCCGGAGACCCGUGGCCGAUCUCUGGAGGAAAUCGAGAACUAUUUCAGGACACGCAGAUUUACUAUUAAUCAUGAUCAUUCUACUGAACGCUCUGCAGAAAGAGCAGAGGGAUGAUGUAUGCAACUCUGCGGGGACAUUGGAAUAUUAAACCAAACAAUUCCUAUCUUGGAACUUUCUGUGUGGCAUGUUCUCCCACUGUCCUUCACGUUAAAUACAUGAUUUCCUAUGCAGCAUGUUCAACUCUAGGGAUGGUUAACCCGUGGCCCGAAACAGACACAUUUAACUCACAAAUAAGCAUAAUAUAGAAGAGUAAACCUUAGAUUGAUUGUUGCAACAUAUUUUGUGCAUACAUUUUCUAUGGCCCACAGAGGACUAAAAAUGAUGGGGGGGAAAAAAAGGCAUUUACACUCCUGUUUUAGUCAUUCAUACUGCAUGUGACCAUACUGUAUCCAGGACUACUACUACUAGUCCUACUACUCCUUAAUUCAAUAUUAGGUUUCUUUUUCUACUUUUUUGGAAGGAUGUUUUACAAUGAACGGCUUAUGAUGUAGUGCUACUGACAAAUAGUCAAGAAAGUGUAAAUAUUUGACCAUGCAUGUUAAACAGUGGAUAACUAAAUGAGUACUACGGCCACGUUGAAAAGAAAAAAACAUUGAAUGUAAACAAAUGCAUAUAAUUACAAGAAUAA